ACUCAAACAUUUUGAUAACAUGAAGUAAGAUAUUUCAUCCUGUAUAUAUAGGAACACAUGGGAGUACAUGUGAGGAUUGUGACAUAGUGACCUGAUUUGACCUAGUUUAGAUAUACAUCAGUGUAACCAUGUGGUUUUAUGCCUGUUGGUAGUUUAAAGUUGUGCAGUCGUUACAUAAUCAUUGGACUAAGUUAGUAACUGAUUCAUUAUAUAAUACUUAAUCAAUGAUACAAGGUGUCUACUUGUAAGACUUCCCAGGCUACUUUCAGUUUAGUUUUAUUUCUAACUAAAGGAUCUUAGUCACUUGGAUAUAAUUGACUCCUUGAAAUAACAAAAAUCAAAACAGAAAGUAAAAAUUUGAUUAUUUAAUUGUAUUUAACUGUGUAGCAGAACAAAAGUUGGAAAAAAAGUGAUAUUUAUUUAUUGAUCAAUUUUUCAUCAAAUUCAUCUUUGUAGUAAAAGGACCAAUUUGUAAUGGUUUACUUUUGUGACUUUGAAUAGAGAUACUGAUUUGACCUAUACUGACAUUAAUUUGACCUUUACUGUUGAGGUGAGGACAUUCAUUGAAGUGUAUCAAACCCAACAGACCGUGACAUGUAAACAUUGUAAUGGAUGAUUAUUGACUAAGCCAUGUGGUAGCACAUAGGUAGGAUCAAUCUUUAUCUGUAGUGGGCAGUUAGUUAUCUUACAUUCAAUGGGUAAACAGAGUGUGAAAGCAACGGAUUCCCUAAAAACACACAAACUCUCUAAUGGCCACAUUAGUGUGCCAAAGGAAUUAAGACAAUUAUUAGAGACCAAGGAUAAAGUGUAUGACCAAUAUUCUAAGGAAUUUACAACUUCUCAAGGGACCAGUCAGUUUAGGCUUGAAGAAAUAUGUGGCGUAGGUAUCAGUAGUAUUGUUAGACGGUGUGUUAGUAAAGAUACAGGGCAGGAAUAUGCCGUCAAAAUCAUCGACAUCAGCGGUGAAAAGGCGGAAGAUUUCCAUGCCGAUCAGACCAAACGAGAAACCAUCAGGGAAAUUAAUAUCCUCAAGAUGUGUGAUGGACAUCCUAAUAUCAUCAAUCUCCAUGACUCAUUCCAGACUCCUACAUUCAUUUUCCUAGUAUUUGAAUUAUGUAAACAGGGUGAAUUGUUUGACUAUCUGACACAGGUUGUAACAUUGUCAGAGAAGAGAACGAGAAUAAUAAUGAAACAGUUAUUAGAAGCAGUAGACUUUAUACACAACAAAAAUAUAGUACAUCGAGAUUUAAAGCCAGAAAAUAUUUUAUUAGACGACAAUUUAAAUAUAAAGUUAUCAGACUUUGGAUUUGCUACAGUAUUAGCGCCAGAGGAAGAACUAACAGAAUUAUGUGGUACGCCAGGUUACCUAGCCCCAGAAGUCUUAGCUGUAUCUAUGUAUGAGAAUGUCCCAGGGUACAGACUUGAAGUAGAUAUGUGGGCUAUUGGUGUAAUUAUGUACACACUCCUAUGUGGAGCACCACCUUUCUGGCAUCGUAAACAGAUGCAAAUGUUGCGGAUGAUUAUGGAAGCUAAAUAUUCCUUUGGUACUCCUGAAUGGGAUGAUAUAUCACAGCCUCCAAAAGAUCUGAUAUCUAAAUUACUAGUCAAAGAAGCCAAAAAUAGAUUAACUGCCACCCAAGCUCUUCAACAUCCCUUCUUUAAACGAGAGUUAAAACCAGAGAAGCAAUUUUACCCCAGGAAAGUGUUCAAGGCUGCAGUUAUAUGUGUGAACUUUUUCUAUAGACUAAGAUUUUAUUUCAACAAUCCACCUCCGAUAUCAAGGGAAGUAAUUAAAUCUAAUCCAUAUAGUGUCAAAAUGAUCCGAAAACAUAUUGAUGCUUGUGCGUUUAAAAUGUACGGACAUUGGGUAAAGAGGGGAGAUAAUCAAAAUCGUGCAGCAUUAUUCGAACAUACGCCAAGAGACGAUUGGAAAAAUGUGAGCCUAAAUACGAAGACAGAAUUGAUGGGGAUUAAAUCUGAUUUAUGAUUAAAAGUACCUGUUUUUAGGUAUAUCAACAUUUUAUACUCAAAUCUCAACAGAUUGUCGGGUAUAUUUCUAAUCCUUAGCAGACAGUGCAAGAUUUAUCCAAUAAUCCAGUUUUCUGUAUACACGGUCAAAGAGACACCUUAUGAACAUUUAAGGGAAAAGUUGUACUUGGACUAUAGGAAACAGAGAACAAAAUGCUAUUUAAACCUAUUCUAGUGAUAGUUGGAAAAUUAUAAACUGGCGAAGAAAUAUUCAACGUUUAUUCAUCAAACAGAAACAGUGCUAAACUAUAGUGUUCAAUGCAAUUAUUUGAUUUUUGUCUUUGUGACCAAAGGGGAGAUAAUAUGAAGAUUUUCUUAUUAUUUGAUUGUGAUUUCGUUUUUAACUUAUAUUUGGUUAAGUUUUUUUUCUCAAUGUUUUAACAGUGCUGUUAACAUGAUUAACUGGUUUACAUAUAGUCCUCAAUAAGGUAUAACU